AUGGCAGAGCAAGGGCAAGGCUCAGCGUUCCCAGAUCCGCCUCCAUUCUACAAAAUCUUUACUGCGGAGAAUGUUGCGGCUGCACAGGAUGUGCCGGAAGGAGCGACGGAAGGAACGGUGUUGCAGUUCUUGAAACCGCCUGAGCCGCCGGAGGAGGGGUAUAUCACAGUUUUUGGGGUGGACAGAAGUAUCGAGCAUCAGGAACUGCCGCCGUUGGUUGAGGUGGUGAACCCAAUGACGGGGAGAAUCCUAUGGCCUGAUGGUCUACAGUUGUUCCCGGAGGGAGAGGUGGAUAGAGUCACGGAGCUGCGGAAAUUGACAAAAAGCAUGUUGCUGAACUACCUGGAGAUCGUGACGAUUAUGGGGGACAAUCCUAAUGAGUGGUUCCCGAAGCUGUUGGAUCUCAAGAGAAUUGUGCAUAAUGUUCACUAUCUGCUGAACGGAUAUCGGCCGCACCAGGCGAGAGAGACGCUGUGCAUGAUGAUGGAGGAGCAGAUACGACGUAAGAAGGAGGAGAUGGAGAAGAUCAGAGAUAAGUGCAGGGAGACCGAGAGGCUGAUAGCGCAGUUUGCUCGGAAUGGAGUCACGGAAGAAGACCAUGACAUGGAAGAGAAAACAGUGGGUGCAUCUCGUGCGGAGGAGGCGAGCAGUGAUGCAGCCAAGUGGUCCGCAAUCGAAGGCAUUUAAAAUGGGCAUCAACGGACGGCGUUUGGGACAUUGGAUUUUUGGAGUCUAUGGAAUUUUUUUGAUUUCAAAUAUAG